GGCGGAUAGUGCAGACAAGUAAUCAACAUGCCGUCUAUACAUAUAAAGACGCUUGCCAUUAGUUUGGCCGUCUUACCAAGUGUUCAAUGUCAAAGCACUGACACCCUCGGUCUUGACAACGGCUACAUAAACCUCAAUACGGCGAAUUUCAACGCCAAGAUUGUCCGUAGUGCCCAAGUCCUCGCCUCCCUGACUCCAGUAGAAUCUUCGUUCGACUUCCUCCCGUUUGACUACCUUCCCCUUCGCGCUCACAAUGGUCAGUACCACUGGGGCGACAUUACAUUCCGCUACCGCGAAAUCGGCACCAUUAACUGGACUGACGGCAACUCCGCCUCGGCUCGUGAACCCGUAAUCUCCAUCAACUCAUCCUCGACGCUAGUCCUAUCUGCAUCGCAACUCACUCCCACACUCCCCACCGGUCCCUUGAACGUUACACGAGAAUGGAUCGACGUAUCAGGAGACCUAGGCCUGCAAUUUACCUUCCAAAACACCGGCUCAGAUGCCCUUGAAAUUGGCAGCCUCGGGUUCCCGGCCGAGUUCAACAGCAUCUUCACGGGCCGGGCAGCAGCUAGAAUGCAAGCUCUUUGCUCGCUGUCGGAUCCGUACAUUGGUAUGCAUGCGGGCUAUAUCCGAGUAACGCCCACGAGUGGCACGGGGGCGGCUCUCGUGGUCACGCCACUCAACGGUACUAACACGCCGCUUGAAGCCUAUCGGAAUCUGGAGGAGCCGUAUUAUGAUGACACGGCGUACGGAAGCCAGACCUUCGAGGGAUUCUACGAGUGGCAGGUUUUGAGUAAAUCGUGGGCGGAGACGGAGUGGGAGGGUGUGGAGCCAUGGAACGAGCCAUCGGCACUCACGCUGGAGCCGGGCGAGGUUGUCAAGUUUGGGGUCAGGUUCUCGGUUGCGAAGGAAGGUGUACGUGGAAUUGACGACACGAUCAGGGACACUGGUACGCCGGUUGCGAGGGCUGUACCGGGAUAUAUAAUUCCUAGGGGAGUUCCAGCCAGGUUGUUCCUCAGUGCUUCUGCGAAAGUUGAAUCGAUCGUGGUAGAACCGGCUGCGGCUUUGAUGGUUGAAGAAUACGCUGCUGGGUCGGGUUAUACUGUUUAUACUGUCACGCCGUCAGAAACGGCAUGGGGCAGAGUGCGCCUGAUGGUGCUUUAUGCUGACGAAAAGAUCCAGGCGAUGCACUACUUCGUCACCAAGCCCGGCACAGAAGCGGUUGGUGACUUGGGCGGCUUUUUGACCACGGAACAAUGGUUUGAAGAUAUAUCCGACCCCUUCGGCAGAGCGCCAUCCGUCAUGACGUACGACUAUGAAGAGAGAGCCAUCGUAAGGCAAGAUGCUCGCGCCUGGGUAGCCGGACUCAGCGACGAAGCGGGUGCCGGCUCGUUUCUCGCGGCAACGAUGAAGCAAGCUGUCCAACCAAACGCCGAUGAGGUAGCCAAGCUUGAGACAUUCGUCAACGCGGUUCUUUUCAAGACCAUCCAGACAGAAGAGUUUUCCGUACGGAAGAGCAUUUUCUUCUAUGAACCCGCCGCUAUGCCGAACUAUACGUAUAGCUCUGACAUUGAUUGGACGGCCUGGUGGUCGUGGAACAAAGACGCAUCCUACGCUACAGACCGCGCAUAUGAUUACGUCCAUGUCGCUGCCGCCUAUUGGGCCCUCUAUCGCGUGGGAAGGGCAUAUCCGGAUCUGCUCAGCAGUCAUACUUGGGACUGGUAUCUGGACCAGGCCUACAGUACCGUCGUGCGCGCCAUGGAAUCAGACGUUGGAUAUAAUAGAGUGGGUCUGAUGGGGGAGACGGUGUUUGGGGAGAUUUUGGCGGAUUUGACUCGAGAGAGUGAAACAGAUAAAGCACAGACCUUUACUGAACUUAUGAGGUCGCGGGCAGAACAAUGGGAUUCGGAGGAGAUUCCGUAUGGGAGUGAGAUGGCAUGGGAUUCUACGGGGCAGGAGGGGGUCUACUAUUGGACUAAAUACUUUGGCUUUACGGACAGUGCCGCUAAGACGGUAAACAGCGUGCUGGGAUAUAUGCCCACUGUGCCCCACUGGGGCUGGAACGGCAAUGCACGCAGGUAUUGGGACAACAUCUACGGGGGCAAACUUGAACGAAUCGAGCGUCAAAUUCACCACUACGGCUCCGGUCUUAACGCUCUCAUCCUCCUCUCUGCCUUUCGCAGUAAUCCAACCGACACUUAUCUCUUGAGGGCCGGAUACGGCGGCACCAGCGGGCCUCUAUCCAGCAUUAACGCUGAUGGCUUCGCAGCUGCUUCCUUUCACUCCUUUCCCGAUACGCUGAAGUGGGACGGGUACAGCGGAGAUUAUGGUCCAAACUUUGUAGGUUUGGCACUGGGCUCGGGGACAUAUGUUGUCCAGGAAGAGGAGUUGGGCAUUGUGGCUUAUGGAGGUGUGGUUGAGGUGGAUGGUGCAAUUGUAAAGGUGACUACUACGGAUCCCGUGAGGAGAAGAGUUUUCAUCGGGACACUUGGGGUGGCGAUUGAGGUGGAUGCCGGUAUCAUUCAAGAAUUCAGGUAUGGUGGUGAUGGGGGAAGUAUUGCGGUCACUCUGUCAAAUUUGGACGGAGUUACCAAAGCAGAGGCGGCCGUGAUUUGGAUCGAGAUAACAUCUGGCUCUGUUAAUUACAUUGUAUCUACUGAGGGAAUCGUUUCGGAAAGAGGAGGUUGGAGGGUCCCCCUGUCGGCCGAUAGUGUGGUUGUUGAGUUGCAAUCGGCUUCUUAGGAAAUAUGUCGAACCGAGGACUUGGAAUCGAGGCAAACAGUUGAAAUCUUGUCAAUGCUGGUUUUGACACCCGCCGAACCGACAUCGCGCAUACCCACCGGCAGUACGAUACCAAACCCUCUGUCUGUCCCCGAAUUUGGCAGGUUGUGGCAUAGAAAUAAACAUCGAAACCAUAUUCUGCCCAAUGACGGGCGUGAGCAGGACCGCCUCCAUCCCCAAAACCACAUGCUGUGCCCCCUAUUUGCCGGUGCGCUGUCAGUCAAUACCGCAUGCUACUUCUCUAGUUUGGCUUUACUGUUUCUCUGAUUGGUGAGCUGCGCAACGUGCUCGAUAUAGGCACUGGCCGGCACCGACCUGAGCGAG